UCACCUCUCUCAAAGUAGUCGAUUCCAAUGACCACAAUAAUAUUUUCUUUUUCUUAAUCACCCAUUUUUCUCUUACACCAAGUUCCCUGCUGUUGUUUCUUUGUUGGAGUCCCGGUCCUGAUCCUUGUUCUGGUCCGCAAAGGCGUUCCGUUCCGUGGCCUGAGCUGGCUCUGUCUCCCUCCCUGUUUCCCUCCCCUCCCACGUCACUCGUCAAACCCUCGAGUCGCUCUCGACUCAUUCGACCCACGGCUCCACCAGAUUCUUUUUGAAGUCUAUCUGGUCGUCUCUAAAAAAAAGGCCUUGAUCCAUUCUAAUAAUAAAUAUCCAGGUACACGGGUAGCUUGCGCGCUGAGGGAGGCGCGUCUGGCAAGAUGGGCUCCUACAGACUGGAAGAGGCAUCCACCGGCCGUGCCGGGUGCCAGAACAAGGAAUGUAAAGAAGCCAAGAUCAAGAUCGCAAAGGGGGAGCUUCGUCUCGGCUCCUGGGUUGACACUGGUAACUUCCAGAGUUGGUACUGGAGACACUGGGGUUGCGUUACGCCCAAAGUCAUCACGAACUUGAGCGAAACCCUCGACGAAGUCAGCGGAGCGGACGGGAAAGACUUUUCCGAGCUGGACGGGUAUGAGGAUCUCUCGUCCGAGAACCAGGAGAAGGUCCGCAAGGCGCUGGAACAGGGCCAUGUGGACGAUGAAGAUUGGAAAGGGGACCCUGAUGUGAACAGACCGGGUAAGACUGGUUUCCGGAAGCGUGCGACUCCGAAGAAAAAGAAGGAGGAGGAAGAAGAGGAAGAGACAGAGGGGGAGGAGAAGGAAAAGGAGGAAGAAAAACCUACCAAGGCUACGAAACGUGGCCGGGCUGACCACGAGGAAGCCGAGCCGGCCACAAAGAAAGCCAGAGCCCCCCGUUCCAAGAAAGCCGCGGCCCAGGAGGUUGUAGAGAACAAGGAAGCCGAUGCUGUGCCCAAGCAAGAGCCGGAGCCGAAGACGAAGCCGUCUUCUAAAAGGGCUCGUGCUGCAGUGGUGACGGCUGACGAUGAAGUCGAAAAGCCCAAACGCGGCCGCAAGCCCAAGGCCAAACCCCAGGAGGAUAUCGAAGAGGAAGUGGUUCAGGAGAAGAAGAAGCCCAGGCGGGGGCGUCGCAAGUCCGCCGAGUAGACUCUUUACCUCGGGGAGUGCAAAAAAGUGCCUUUUGCACGUCGUCUUUCUUUGCGUCUUCUAUUGAAAGGGAAAUUGUAAUAGUACGAUGGGCAAUCGGU